UGUCAGCUCGGUCAUGUGAUCAGCUGUGUCCAAUCACAGCUGAUCACUUGGGACAUGUACACAGAUCAUCAGAGCACUGAUGAUCAGUGUGCCCUGAUGAUCUGUGUAGCCCCAGCAGCCCCUGUCAGUGUCCAUCAGUGCCAGCUCUCAGUGCCCAUCUAUGCCACCUGCCAGUGCCCAUCAGUGCCACAUUUCAGUGCCCAUCAGUGCCACCUCAAUGCCACAUAUCAGUGCCCAUCUGAGCUACCUUUCAGUGUCACACAUCAAUGCCAGUUAGUGCCACAUAUCAAUGCCAGUCAGUGCCACCUAUCAGUGCUGCCAAUCAGU